AUGAUGGCUCCUUUCGACGGUUCAGUUCAACAGCAACAGCAAGGCGUUUCCCAGGCUUCAUUGCCAAGACCUCCCAUGCCACCAGGUCAUGCUGGGCAGUCUUCAGCAAUGCACCAACAACCGAUGAACCCAGCUUACACCCAUGGUCUACCACGGGGAGUUUCCGCUGGAAUCCCUCCAGGUGGUCAGACGUAUCAAAUGCGCCCGCAAUCUCCAGGAUCUCGUCAUGAUAGCUUCCAAAUGCCUAGUGCAAGCGGCCCACAAGGACAGUAUACCUCACAUCAACCUCUCCACUCAUCGGGUCACCAACAGCAGCCGCAAGGAGGCCAAAUACACCCCGGGAUGACUCAAAUGCAUAGAGGAUCAUCGCAAUCGCGAAACGGGCACGUUCUCCCAAUGCAACAAACUCACGAUAACAUGAUGGCAUCGACCAACGGCAGAAACCAGCAAUUCAUGGGUAGCUCCAUGGGCGGUGGCAUGGACAAUUCGAUGAACCGUUCAAUGAAUAAUACUUUGAAUAACUCAAUGAAUACCUCAAUGAAUACCUCAAUGAAUACCUCAAUGAACGGUAAUUCUAUGAUGCCAAUGGGAAACCCCGUGAACAUGAUGGGAACCUCUAUGAAUGCAGGUAUGCCAAAUAUGACAAUGAAUCCCAAUAUCGGGGGUGUUGGAGUGAUGAAUGUGUCAAACGGAUCCAUGAGAUCAUCUUCCACACCAAUGCUGAAUUCGAGCAUGCACAGUGGUGGGGGGAUGAACGGAAGCUGGCAAACAGAUAGAGAUACGCAGCACCGAAGAGAUAUGAUUCAACACAUUGUGAAAAUGCUGAAGAAAGACAGAAAUGGAUCACCAGAGUGGCUCAGUAAACUACCGCAAAUGGCAAAACAGCUAGAGGUCUCUCUUUAUAGAAAUGCCAGAUCGUUUGAGGCGUACACGGACAUGAAUACUUUGAAACAACGGCUUCAGCAAAUAGCUGCAGAAGUAUCAAAAAAGGCGAGAGAUCAAAGAGACGAUCGUCAAAGAGAUCGGAUUCCAUCGUCCAACAAUACAAAUUCGAACUAUAUUGGGAUGACAUCCUCCAAUACAUCAAUUCAGUCAAAUUCAAUUGGGCCUGGUAGUGUGGCGAACAACAACCCCAUGGUGGACAUGAAUAGUAUGAGAGGAAGUCCACACACGCAGAUGAGAACGGUAGGUAGCUCUAAUUUCCAGGAUCAGCGAGCCGCAACUAGUAGCAACAGAACUAGUGCAAGCCGUGGGAUGGGAAACUCGCUAUCGUCUGGCACAGUAUUAAGCUCGUCAGGAUCAUCAAAUCGGGAUGAUCCUGAAUGGAGAGUAAGGAUCAGACACAAACAGCAGCGCUUGCUACUUCUUCACCAUUCUGCCAAAUGUCCUCAUGAAGACGGGCGAUGUCCCGUGACUCCCCACUGUGCUGACAUGAAGCGCCUAUGGAAGCAUAUGGAAGGUUGCAAAGACAAUCAGUGCCGAGUACCCCAUUGCUUCUCGUCGAGAGCCAUUUUGAGUCACUAUAGGAAGUGCAAAGAUGUCUCAUGCCCAGCUUGUGGACCAGUUAGGGAUACAGUAAGAAGAUCACAGAAUCGCAAUACAUCAAGCUCAAACUUGUCCUUGGGUGAAAAUAGGCAAUCUAGAACCAACAUGGGGGAAGUUCAAAGAAUGGGUGCCGAUGCGAACACUUCAGCCCAUCCAAAACUUUCUUCUCGUGCCAAUUCUUACCAACCUUCGCUAGGUAACUCUUUCAACCAAUCUCAAGACCCAAAGCCACUAAUGCCCCCUUCUGGCGACAGUUUGAAACCGCAAUACCCUUCGACCCAAUCAUCUUCGCAAAACGUACAAUCGUCUGGGACAAACAAUGAGGUCGUCGGACGACAGUCUUUGCACUUCUGUCAGGGUUUAUCGGUCGAUAGUGGGGCCGUCGACAAGGGAGCUCGAGAGAUGCCAAACGGCAACACAGUGGUGGGGGAGCGACAACAAGACAAGUGCCCUAAUCCUCCAACUCGACGAAAUGAUUCGGAAUGGCAAAAAGUUAGGCAUAAGCAGCAACGGCUUCUCUUGCUUCGUCAUGCUUCAAGAUGUCAAUACAAGAACAGCUGUCCCGUAACGCCUCACUGUGCCAGUAUGAAAAAGCUGUGGGAACACAUAGCGCACUGCAAGGAUCAGAGGUGUAGCGUCCCACAUUGUAUGAGUAGCCGAUAUGUCCUGAGUCACUAUCGAAGGUGUAAGGACGCCAAAUGUCCUGCCUGUGCGCCGGUGAGAGACACAAUCCGAAAAAGCCACGAGAAAGAGCGACAAGGGCAAUCUGCUGGUCUCAACAAUUCAUUUGAUACUGAGAAACAGGGGCAGGGGGAUUCGUCGACAACAGCAUUUGACACUGGUUUUGCUGAUAGUUCGGAAAUCAGCACUUCUGAUGACAAUCAAAGGUCCGCGAAGCGCUCAAGAUUGGACCAAGGCCUUUCAUUGUCCGUUGCUUCGUCCGUCACAGAUGUUCAUUCGCAAAAUGCAAGUAAGUUUGACAAUUCAAUAAAAAAGGAAACCCUCGUCAAUGAGAGCAUCGGUGUGAAAGCUUUGCAGUCACUGGAAGGUUUACAAAAGGAGCCCAUCCCAAAUCCUGCCACUCAAAACGCACAGACUUCAGAGGAUAGAUCUCUUCUUAACAGCUUCUCAGUGGCUCAGCUGACAACUCAUUUGGAAUCUUUAAAUCGAGUGGCGCAACUCUCUCCUGCAAUAAUCAAACAGAAAUGUUUGGAGGUAUUGAAAGGUCUUCAAGCUCAUCAACAUGGUUGGGUAUUUAACUCUCCAGUUGACCCUAUCGAGCUCGGUCUUCCUGAUUACUUUGAAGUUAUCAAGAAGCCAAUGGAUCUUGGUACAGUAUCUAAAAAGCUUGACAGCUGCGCAUAUCACGAAAUUUGUGACUUUCAACGAGAUGUCAAUCUGACUUUUGAUAAUGCUAUGCGGUACAAUGAAGAUGGAACUGUAGUCUAUGGGAUGGCCAAGGAGCUCAAAGAUAAAUUCAAGGAAGACAAUGAGAAGCUAUUUGAGCAACUCAAAGCUGAAGAUUGGGAGAGACGUCAAAAUGAUAGGGCAUGCGUUCUUUGCGGUUGCGAGAAACGUUUGUUUGAAUCCCCCGUUUUUUUCUGCAAUGGUUUGAACUGUCAAAGCAAACGUAUACCACGAAACAGGUAUUACUACAUUGGCGGAAACAACCAGUAUUUCUGGUGCAAUCAAUGUUACAAUGACCUUGAUAAAAACACACCCCUCGAGUUUGUGGAUCUUACCGUUAAUAAAAGUGACUUGAAAAAGAAGAAAAAUGACGAGGUGCAUGAGGAAAGCUGGGUACAGUGUGAUGUCUGCGAAAAAUGGAUCCAUCAGAUCUGUGGGCUUUUCAAUACCAGACAGAACAAAGAGCACCAGAGCGAAUAUUGCUGUCCGCUUUGUCUUCUCGAAAAGAGAAAAAAGGAUACCUCUGGUACCCUUCCCCUGCGACCACCUGGUGCGGCUGACUUGCCAAGAACAAAACUGUCAGAAUACUUGGAAAAAGAUGUCACUAAACGGAUUGAAGAGAAGAAACAGGGAAGUGCCGGGAAUGCGCAAUCAAUCAAUGCUGGCUCUGUCAUCAUCAGACAAGUCACCUCUAUGGACCGAAAACAUGAGGUUCGAGAAAAAAUGAAAAGCAGGUACAAACACAAGAAUUAUCCUGACGAAUUCCCUUUCCGAUGCAAAUGUAUCGUUGUAUUUCAGCACAUCGACGGUGUUGAUGUUAUUCUAUUUGCUCUCUAUCUGUACGAACAUGGCGAAGACAACCCUGCUCCAAACCAACGUUGUGUAUAUAUUUCAUACUUGGAUAGUGUACAUUUCAUGAGACCUCGGCAAAUGCGAACAUUUGUUUAUCAUGAGAUUCUUAUUUCCUACCUGGACUUCGCUCGCCAACGCGGCUUUGCGACUGCGCACAUUUGGGCAUGCCCUCCCUUAAAGGGUGACGAUUAUAUCUUCUACGCUAAGCCCGAGGAUCAGAAGACUCCAAGGGACUCAAGACUAAGACAAUGGUACAUCGAUAUGCUUGUGGAAUGUCAACGGCGCAAUGUAGUCGGGAAGGUUACCAACAUGUAUGACUUGUAUUUUGCAAAUGAUUCCCUAGAUGCAACUGCAGUUCCUUACCUAGAGGGGGACUAUUUCCCAGGGGAAGCAGAGAACAUCAUCAAGGUGCUCGAAAAUGGAGGGAACAAAAAGGGCGGAAAUGCAGGGAAAAAGAUGGCCGGAAGCGCGGAGAACAGGAAGAGUACUGUGGAAAUUGAGCGAGACCAAGUAAUGGUGAAGCUUGGUGAAACCAUCAAGCCUAUGAAGGAAAGUUUUAUAGUUGCAUUUUUGAAUUGGUCAGAAGCCUUGAAAGAAAACAUGGAAGUACCUGAGGUUGUACUGAAGUAUCGGUCAGAGCACCCUGAGGCGAUGGUACCUUUGCUAACUGGUAGAAAGCGUGACGCCAAUGGAAACAUACGUGAAUUGGAUGGGCCGCUAGAUCGCAAUGGCCGACCUAUAAAGGUAAUUGAUGACGAUGUGGAAGAUCUUGAUUGCGAGUUUCUAAACAACAGGCAGGCUUUUCUCAAUCUCUGCCGAGGCAAUCACUAUCAAUUUGAUGAACUUCGUCGGGCAAAGCAUACGUCAAUGAUGGUUUUGUGGCAUUUGCAUAACAGAAACGAACCCAAGUUUGUUCAGCAGUGCGUGCAUUGCAAUCGAGAAAUCCUAAGUGGUAUGAGGUAUCAUUGCGCCAUUUGCAGUGAUUAUGACUUGUGUGAGAAGUGUUACAAGGAUCCCAACACAAAUCGUGGAUCAUGUACACAUAAGCUUCAUCCAAUUGCGGUGGAGAGCGAAGGGGCACAGGAGGGACAAGGAAAUUCCAAUGGUGUAACGGCGCAACAGAGAAAACAACGGCAGCGAAAUCUCCUUCUACAUAUCCAGCUGAUUGAACAUGCUUCAAGGUGUAGCUCCAGUUCCUGCACUUCGACUAAUUGCGCUAAAAUGAAGAAGUAUUUGACGCAUGGGAAAACCUGCAAGAUAAAGGUUCAAGGUGGCUGUAGAAUUUGCAAGCGCAUCUGGACACUAUUGCGAAUCCAUGCUCAAAAAUGCAAAGAUGAAGUAUGCCCCAUCCCACAGUGUAUGGUGAUUCGUGAGAAGAUGCGUGAGUUGCAGAAGCAACAACAAGCAAUGGAUGAUAGACGAAGACUGGAAAUGAAUCGUCACUAUCGUAUGACAAUCACAGGUACUGAUGGUCUCUAG